UGAAAUAAGUAAAUCUAUCAAAUUCGAACAAUUUUUCAUUUACGCUAGUGAGUCGUAACACAUAAAUAUUAUUACCAAAAACAGGUCCUAUUUUUUCUGCCUUUUUGGUUAUUGAAUUAUAGAGGGUUGACGAUGGAAGGUUCGAAAAUAAUGAAAACAAUUAGGAAUAGGGCUAUAUAUUUUUAAACAGAAAACAGCUUGUAGCCCGAGGAGGUGACCGACACCAACUUUUUCUAUCCUUGUCUUAUUAAAUUUACUGUACUCUAAAAUAAUAAUGAUAUGCCACAUCUCGAAUGCAAAAUCAUGGGAAUUCAACAGAUGAAGGUCACGUCAAACAACUCCGACAAAGCAUUGAUAACGACAUAAUUCCUGUAAAUAGCUAAUUAGGUGCCCAAAAUACAUCUCUGAUGUUUACCUCCCGACGUGCCGUCUAGCCUCCUAAAAAGUAUAAAAAGGGGUUGAAUUGAAUCAUAAUUAUCAGUUCUUCAAUAUCGUCCAACGAGUCAACAAGAAUGAAACUUUUCCUCAUUGCCGUUCUCUGCCUUUGCGGCACCAACGCCGACAAGAUUAUUGGCGGUACCGCUGGUUCAACCGGCCAGUUCCCGUCAAUCGUCUUCCAAGAAAAGAGCGGUUCGUUCUUCUGCGGUGGCACACUAAUUGGAUAUGACAAAGUCCUAUCAGCUGCUCACUGCGAACAAAACUUAGUUGGAUUGACUGUAACUGCUGGAACCGCAUAUCGUAGCAGUGGUGGAGUAACUAAACCCGUGGCAAGGAAAGUGGUACACACUGGUUACAACUCCAACACAUUACAAAAUGAUAUCAUGCUCCUGUACACCUCAACAUCUUUCAGCUUGGGUACAAACAUUAAUACAGCAUCAUUAGUAUUUACGGCACCCUCUGCUGGAACUGGCAUUACUGUUGCUGGAUGGGGAGAUACCAAUUCUGGCAUCAUUUCAAGUCUUCCGAAUCAGCUGGAAUAUGUGAAUGUGGCGGUCAUUUCUACAAGUACUUGCAAUGCCUGGAAUGCAUACAAUGGUGCCGUUACAAGCGGAAUGAUUUGCAUGGGAAAUAUGAGUGGCGGAGAAGACUCCUGUCAGGGUGAUUCCGGUGGACCUGCCUACAUUCAAGGUACAACAACCAUUGCUGGAAUCACCUCAUGGGGCUAUGGAUGCGCUCAGGCCAAUCAACCUGGUGUCUACACCGAUGUUGCACACUACAGAUCCUGGAUCAACAACAACUAGAAGUCAAGUAGCUGAACCUACGUGGAAUCAAUAAUUGCGUGAAUUUUGUUGAAUGUAAUUUGAAUCAUUAAAUAAUG